CUUCCGGUGAAAGAGGAGAAGCGUCUAACUCACACGACUACUGCCCAGGCCCGCCCGCACCCACCCGUACCCAGUCACACGGGCUCCGUGGAGACAGCCAUGGCUCUCUGAUAGCCGGCAAGUCACUCGAUAAAGCUUUUUUGUUUUGUUUUAGAAACUAAAAGACGUGGCCGUGGUCGAGCGACGACGUCGUCGGAGCUACAGGUCUGAAGGAUCCGGCUAGUGUGGCUAACGACUAGUGCGGCUAGCUGCUCCAGCUCACCACCACAGAUAGACACGACUGUCUGUUUCAACAUGUCAACGGCGGGGAUCAACUCCCAGAAUGGGACUGGGACGGGACAGACGUACACGAACGGUCCAUCGCAGAAUCCAGUUGGCCUGCAGCCAGGGGUCAGCUAUGGCAUGCCACACCAGCCAGUCUACAACCCAGUCCAGGCGAAAGCUCCUUUACCCCCUGGCCCUGGAAUGUAUUCCUCUGGACCAUACCAAGCUGUCCCGCCAGUCAGCCCUUAUCAGCAAGGCCCACCACCCACUUCUUACCCUUCUUCUUCAGGGCAACCAUUAUUCCCCAGGCCUCCAAUUGGAGGUCUGCCAUCCCAUACCCCUCCUCACUCUGCCUGCCCCAGCCCUGGCCCAAGGCUGCCUCCUGCCCAAGCAACACCGCCUCCUCCUGCUGUGUCGUCCAGUAGCUACUACCCAAGCCCUCAGCAGCCCAUGGCUCCUGCAUGGCAGUACAACACAGCUACCCCUCCAAUGGGGCCAGCCUCGUCUAUGAGCAUGCCUCCCAGAGGUCCUGUGGCAAAUCAUGUGAAUACAGCUGCAAGCUUAGCUGGGCUGGCACCACCACAACCACCAGCUACUUACAGCUCUGCAGCACCACCUCAUGGCUCCCCCCAGCUCUCAGGCCCAGGAAUCCCCUCCACCUCUAUGCAUGGAUACACUCAGCCAGGUACGGCACCUCUACCAAUGAACCCGGUACCGCCCCACCCGUACCAAGCAGGCAGACCUGCCUAUGGGCCUCCACCAACAGCAACCCCACCCACAAUGAAACCUGCACCACCUCCCACAGGAACCCCAGUUUCCAAUGCUACACCUCCACCACCCAAAGGAGAUGCUUAUUGUGGGGGGGCUGUCAACAACGCUUUUUCUCCCACUGAGGCUGACUGCCAGGAGGGGGAUAUUGAAUGUCCAGGUGCUGUGGCUGGAAAUGGCCCUCAAGCGUCAAUCAACUAUAAUCACGUUGACAACAAAAUGGCUGGCCUCACUCAGCCUGGGCCACCUGGCCGACACUUGGGCCACUACCCUUCCCUGCCCCCUGGGUACCAGAACACCUCAGCUUCACAUGCAACCUCCCCCAUGCACCCUGCGUUGCAAGCUGCCACUCAGCCUUACACUCAAGCACCUCACCCAUACCAGCAGCCGCCUGGUGGUCCAGGGCCAGCCCAGUUGAGCCCAUCAUUAGCAGCCAUGAGCCUCCAGUCCAGCAUCCCAGAGGCCCUGCAAGUGGUUAACCUGUUGCAGGAGAGGAACCUGCUGCCACCAAUCCCUGUUCCUGCCCCACUACCAUGCCUGCCCCAGGACCUGAAGAGGAUCAACUGCAGUCCAGAAGUUUUCCGUUCUACACUGACCAGCAUCCCUCAGACUCAGUCUCUACUCAGUAAAGCUAAGAUGCCGUUGGGCCUGCUGCUCCACCCUUUCAAAGACCUCUCGCAACUUCCUGUGGUGACAUCGAGCACCAUCGUGAGGUGUCGGUCCUGCAGAACCUACAUCAACCCCUUCGUCUCUUUCCUGGACCAGAGAAGAUGGAAAUGCAACCUGUGCUAUCGAGUCAAUGACGUUCCAGAAGAGUUUAUGUACAACCCGGUCAGCAGAUCAUAUGGAGAACCACAUAAAAGACCCGAAGUCCAGAAUGCCACUAUUGAGUUCAUUGCUCCUUCAGAAUACAUGUUGAGGCCCCCCCAACCUGCUGUUUAUAUCUUCGUUCUGGACGUAUCUCAUAAUGCAGUGGAAACCGGCUACCUGAAAGUGUUCUGCCAGUCACUGCUAGACAACAUCAAUUCGCUACCUGGAGACUCGCGGACGAAGAUAGGCUUCAUCACCUUCGACAGCACCAUCCACUUCUACAACCUUCAGGAGGGACUUUCCCAGCCACAGAUGCUCAUUGUGUCUGACAUUGAAGAAAUCUUUUUACCAACACCAGACAGCCUUCUAGUAAACCUCAAUGAAUGCAAAGAGCUUGUGCAGGAUCUGCUGAAGAGCCUGCCAAAUCUAUUUCAGAAGACUAUGGAGACCCAGUCAGCUCUGGGUUCAGCCCUACAGGCAGCCUUCAAGUUGUUGUCACCCACUGGGGGGCGCAUGUCUGUGUUUCAGACCCAGCUGCCCAACCUUGGUAUGGGUGCAUUGCAGUCCAGAGAAGACCCCAACCAGCGGGCAUCUGCCAAGGAUAUCCAGCAUUUAUCCCCAGCGACAGACUUCUACAAGAAGCUGGCCCUGGAUUGCUCCGGCCAGCAAGUAGCUGUGGAUCUGUUCCUGCUCAGCUCUCAGUACUGUGACCUGGCAUCACUCGGCUGCAUAUCCAGGUACUCAGCAGGGAGUGUGUACUACUACCCCUCCUACCAUCACCAGCAUAACCCAGCUCAGGUGGAUUGCUUCCAGAAGGAUCUGAAGAGAUAUUUAACAAGAAAAAUUGGCUUUGAGGCUGUUAUGAGGAUACGCUGCACCAAAGGUCUAUCCAUCCACACGUUCCAUGGCAACUUCUUUGUGCGCUCCACAGAUCUGUUGUCCCUCCCCAACGUCAACCCUGACGCUGGAUUUGCAGUUCAGAUGUCUAUUGAAGAAAACCUGGACGACAUGCAAGUCGUUUCUUUCCAGGCCGCUCUGCUUUACACCUCCAGUAAAGGAGAGAGACGGAUCCGUGUGCACACGUUGUGUCUUCCUGUUGUCAACUCGUUAUCAGAUGUAUUUGCUGGGGCUGACGUUCAAGCCGUAACUGGACUGCUGGCUUGUAUGGCCGUGGACCGUUCGGUGACCGCCAGUCUAAGUGACGCCAGAGAUGCGAUGACCAACGCUGGCGUUGACUCGCUGUCAUCUUUCCGUCAGUCCGUGUUGACCAUCCAGCAGCCCGGCCUGCUGGCCCCCGCCUGCCUCCGACUCUUCCCACUGUACAUCCUAGCCCUGCUCAAACAGAAAGCCUUCAGGACAGGAACCAGCACCAGGCUGGAUGACCGACUGUUUGCCAUGUACCAGCUGAAGUACCAGCCGCUGAUUUAUUGCAUGCUGAUGAUCCACCCUGCUCUGUACCGCAUCGACGAUCUGAGUGAUGAGGGAGCUCUGAACAUCAAUGAGCGGAUCAUUCCCCAGCCCAGACUGCUGCAGCUGUCUGUGGAGAAGCUCAGCAGGGACGGUGCUUUCCUCAUGGAUGCUGGAAUGGUGAUGUACCUUUGGAUCGGACGAAACUGCCACCCCAACUUCCUCACACAAGUCCUGGGAGUUCCAAACUACGCUGCUGUUCCUGAGAACUUGUAUCUCCUCCCAGAACUGGACACUGCAGAGUCGCAGAGAACCGGAGCUUUUCUUGGAUGGCUCAGGGAUCAGAGGCCGUUCUCUACUUGCCUGCACAUCAUCAGGGAUGAGAGCCAGCUGAAACCUCAUUUUAUGCAGAACAUGAUCGAGGACCGAACAGAGUCGGCCCUGUCGUACUACGAGUUCCUCCUCCACCUCCAACAGCAAAUCUCCAAAUAAUCUUCAGUGGGAUUGUUAAGACGAGUGAACCUUGGAACAAUGGCAUGCAUCAUCUGUAUGUGUGUGCAUAUAUAUAUGUAUAUGUGUGUGCGUGUGUGUGUGUGUGUGUGUGUGAGAGUGAGAGAGCGCACUAAGAGGCACACUCAAGGGUGCCUUUUCCUCCAUCUUCAGCUGUGUUCCCCUAAUAUGUCUGAGAACACCCUUAGAUGAUGCAAGGCAUCAGUCUGAUCAAAUUGUGUGACUGACAGUGCAAGGACAUGAUAAAGACUUGAUUGUGAUGUAAUUGGCACUUUUUUAAAGAGCUGAAGGAGUUUGUUGGAGAAAAGUAAAAGAAGUUCAUCAUGAUUAUUAUGUGAGUAAUUGAAUGGAUCAGUGUUUAUUCUCAUAGAACAAUGCUGUCAAACUGACGUAUCGCUCAGAUACAGCGCAGGCUAACAAAUUAUGUUUCGUGUUUUUGUUCAAAAAGCACAGUCUUCUUUACUAAUACAAGGCAAACGUAUGUAUGCUUAAGCUUAUUUUGGAGUAAGGUUCAAAGAUUGUUUUGGGGCGUCACCUGAAGGAUUUGUCAACACAACACCUGAGCUCUAACGCUAACAUUGAAGGACAGAGCAUAUAAUUUUGUUUUGUUUUUUUUCCUUGCCUAUUAGGCAGUUUAAUCAAGCAUUGAACAAAUGCAAAGAUUCAGUUGUUGAAAGCAGAUGGACCUCGCCGUCUUCACUGCCUGGGAAGUGUACACUCGGUAGUGGAAAAUUGUCUCCUGGGUCUUUUCUGUCAUGAAAUCCUCCCAUCUUUUCUCUGGACAUUCAAAACACCCUCUGACAACAUCGCUGUUCUGUUUAUUUUCUUUUUUUUCUAAAUGUUUAAUUUAUGAGACUCCCAAUCUGAUUAAAUUCUGUAAUUGCCUUGUAUGGGAACUCACCUUUUAUUAUUAAACCUCUGUUUUAAGUACAGACUCUAUAUAUGAAAUAUUUUAAUAUAAUAGGAUAUGGGAAAUUCUUUGACAGACAUAACAAAGCCAUUGUGAUCUUUUAACCAUACUUAUUAAUACUUGUAUAUUGAAAAGACUGCAUUAUAUAAAGGUUAAGAAAUGCUGAUGAUUUUAGUAUAAAGGAGUUGAAAUGAUAAAAUAAAAUGCUUGGGACUUUUUAAACGUAGUUUGUGUUUUGGUGGGUGAACAGUGUUUAUUAUAUGAAGACGAGUCGAUUGCGGACCAACGAGACAAAGUAAAAAUUCUGAUUUGGUCCGUUUCGUACCGUUUGUAAUCUAUGUAUUAUAAUAGAAUAUGCAUUAAGGAACAAAUAUGUUCUGGUUGACAAAAUUCAAAAUAAAGAAAUUCUAGUUUUUGUUGA